AUGAACAUCAGAUUAGAACUGGCCAAACUGCUAAACCUAUGCUUCGUGUUUGCAUCCGCCUACAUGUUUUGGCAAGGACUCUCAUUAUUUGCCAACACAGAUUCCCCCAUUGUUGUCGUGCUUUCAGGAUCCAUGGAACCUGCCUUCCAAAGAGGUGAUGUGCUAUUCUUAUGGAAUAGAAAUACACAGAAUAAAGUGGGUGACAUUGUUGUUUAUGAAAAUGAAGGACAAGACAUCCCCAUUGUGCAUAGAGUGUUAAGAGAACAUCAUUCCAAGUCAGAGAGUCAGAACAAACAAUUCUUGCUCACAAAGGGGGAUAAUAAUGCUGUCAAUGACAUUUCCCUGUAUAAGAAUAAAAAGAUCUAUUUAUCUAAGGAGAAGGAUAUAGUUGGAACUGUGAAGGGCUACCUUCCUCAAAUUGGGUACGUUACCAUUUGGGUUUCUGAAAGCAAAUAUGCCAAGUAUACAUUGCUUGCAUUCCUUGGGUUGAGUUCCCUGCUCGGUGGAGAGUAG